AUGAGCACCACAACGCCAUUAACAGCGGGUUUAUUCUCGACAAAUCGUUUUCCAUCGGAGAAUACGAAUACCAGAGUGACCCUCUAUCUUCCGAUCGGAUGCAUUAUUUUCAUCGUCAGGAUUUUUCUAGGUUUACAAACAUUUGUGGCAGCUUGUGUUUUACGAAAAACUCAUGCUUUGAGAGGUCUUGUGUUGAGAGUGAUGAGUGCACUGCUCGGUAUUGUAGCCACAUCAAGCGGGGAAAAAGAUGAAAGCGUUCGCGUUUUCGUGGCCAAUCACAUUUCAUGUUUGGACCAUAUGGCUGUUGACUUGAUCCGUCCUUGUCUUCUUCCCUCAGUUUGGGAUAUCCCAAAUGUGUUAAGAUGGUUAUUCGGGUAUGCUGACUUGGGAGUGAGAUCGGGAAGAGGAGAGUUAGUCAGACAGGCACGAUUGCAUAUCAAAAGCGAUGAUUUACCACUGCUUGCCCUGCCAGAAGCAGCGAUGACAAAUGGGAAAAAGGCACUUCUCCGUUUCUCUUCGUGGCCUUUCGAGGUUUCGGAUCGAAUUCAACCGUGCACACUUCGUUUAUCACGUCCAUUCUUCAACGUUGAGUCAACGAUAAUUGGAGCUUCAUGGUGGCAAGAUACGUUGUGGUUCCUUUUUUUGCCCUGUACAAUCAUCAAUGUGAAAUGGUUGCCAACGAUGCAAAGAGAUGAGAAUGAAUCAAUGGACUCCUUCCGAGACCGGGUUGCUCAAGCUAUUGCAAACGAGCUUGGCAUUGAGUUAAGCAAUUGGACUUCAGCCGAUGCAGUGGAGGCAGCCAAGAAAUAUCGACAAGAAACACAAAGACUGCGGAUAGCCCAAGGAACUCCAUCAAAACCGACAACAUCGAGGACACUCAUUGAUCCAAAAAGAAUGGAUGAAGUAGCAAUGCGAAUAAAGCAAAGUCACCCGACGGUCGCCUUGUUGAACAUUCGACGAGAUCUUGAGAAAACAAAAGAUAUGCAAAGUACAAUCGAGAGGAUAAAGAACGGCACAGUGAAGCCGAUCUCUACCGCAGAACACCUUUCGAACAAAAAAUCCCCCGGUUCUUCGCCAAACGAGUGGCACAGUCUAUACGAGGAGCGAAAAUGGACGAUGAUCGAGGAGAAUCGCGCGAAAUACCUCCAAAAACAUGUCGAAGAU